AGCAACAAUAGUAACAAAUGUUGAUAAAAACAAAGAGAAGAAAAAUUAGCUUUAAAAAAGAACAUGGUCCAACAUACUGCUUCCGAAUCUCUCUCUUCACGUCUUUCUGUUAUUUAUAGUCAGGGGCUCUGUCCCUGCCCUAAAAUACGCCCAGAUUACAUCAGAUGUCCUCCAGAUGGCCCACGUGGUCUCCUGAGGCCCCUAUCCCGUCAAUAUACUAGAGUUUUUGUAUUUUGGAUCCGGAAAAACAGUUGCUAGGUUAGAUAUGCUUACGAAGAGGGCUUGUUAAAAGUCUUUUUAGAUUUUAGUUAAAUAUAAGCCCAGUGUGCAACUGCCCAGAAAUCUUCAUUCAUUCUUUCCUUCAACAAAUGCUUACGGAGCUCCACCAAUAUGGUGGCCUAUAUUGUCUACAGAACCCAUCUGUGGGGGUAGGUAGGUCUGGGCAUAGGGUAGCUCUGCUUCUUGAUUCACCAGGGACCCAGGUUUUCUUUCUCUCUCUCUCUCUCAUUGCUCUAGGGUGACCACACCUAGGUGCAAGAGAGACAGAGGAGCAGACUCUUCAUGGUGGCCACGUGGCUGGCUAAAACGUAGGGGUUCUGUUCCUAGAGGGAAGAUGGGAGACUAGAUAUUUGGAGUAAAAUUGUCUUUGCUGCAAGGCCAAAUCUCAAAGGCUAUUGUAUGCCACCUCCAGGAUUUUUUGUUUUAUCCUGAUAGUGAUAGGGAGCCACUAAAGUGUCUUCUGCUGGGAGGAUACACGAUGAAGGUGAGUGUUUUGAAAGCUUACUCUGGACUUUGUGGGGAGUGGAUUUGGAUUCCAUAAAGGAGAUCUUGCCUGACUUCAGGAGGUAGAAUUAAUAGAUGGAGGCUAGAGGAUGACAGAGUUCAAGCACAUCUUAAUGAGACAAUUAAAAAAAAAAAACAAGCAAAACAAAACAAAAAACAAGUGGUCUGUAUUUGCACAAACAUUAGUUGAUGCAGUUGGGAAAAUGUUGUAGGAUCUAUUCAAGCAGUCUAAUGUGAAUUUGAUUCAUUCAUUCAAAGAAUCGUGUGUGCCUGAUCACCAUGAGGUAUGAUCCUAGAUGCUAUGGGUACGGCAGUGAGCAAGGAAAGGCUCCUAGAGCUCAUGCUUCAGUGUGGAGAGGUGUGUAGCCAAUAAACAAACAGAUCACAAAAUGGUUUCAGAUAGUGAUAAGUUCCAGACAAAAAUGUCAAGUUCCUGAGGCAUAGCAAACAAGGUUAGGGUCAGUGGGGCUGCUGGAGUGGCUUAAGGGGGGUGAGCAUGGAGUGAGUUGUGGAAGAUGAAACUGGAGGGGCUGGCAAGGGCCUGGUCAUGUAAGAUUUGGGGUUUUGUCUUAAGAUCCUGUAAAAAUGGCAUGAGGGUGGUAUCUGAUUGCCUCAAACUUCACAAGGGGUAAGGAGAAUCAAGAUCAACAGCCCAAGGCUGAUUCCUGUGAGGCAGAGGUCAGAUAUGCCUCCUCUCUCUGCCAUCUUUACCAAUUAUGACACCAACUGGCCUUCCCAUGGCACUCUACUUUUCUGCUGGGCUUGAUAAUUCCUUGUAAUGGCCAAACAGAACUCACAGGCAAUACUCAUGGUUAUGGGGUUUAUUAGGGAAGUUACAGAUUACAGUUCAGGUUCAGGAACACCCAGGAUACAGUUGUUCCAUCAGGACAGCUCCUUCCCAGUCAGCAUGCCUGUCUCUAGCCCUGGGCCUCUACGCUGCUGAGGCAAGUGUUACAAAGCUCUUUUAGCUCUGCCAAUAAGUGUGCCCCCAAGACGCUGCACUUCACCAGUAAGCCUCCUGCCCAAAGGCACUCAGCUUUCUUGCUGUGGGGGCUGGGAAGCCCACUGUGCCAUCUCCUGCUGGUCUCUCCUGCCACAGUUGCUCUGUCACAGCUUCUUGCUGUGUGUUACAGCACUUUCUCUCUCAGUGUCCUGAUUCCAGGAGCUUCUCAGCACAGGGAUCCAGGGUCCUUGCACUCCGCUCUUGGCUAUUCUUCCUUGGCGGUGAUAAGAUCUUCUUCUUCCACCUCUCAGAUUACUCAUUUUAAGCCUAAUGGGAUGGCAAAACUGACCAAUCCCCUCAGUAGGGUUCCAUUUACUUUAUUAGCAUGGUCCCACCCAAUCAUUUGGGGGGAGUUACAAGACCAUGGUGAGAAAGGCCACACAAAAGUGAUUAAUCACACUGCAGAGCCACAGGAAGCCAUUGGGUACCUUUAAGCAGCAAUGGAAUUGGAGCUGAUCAGUGUUUACAGAUCGCCCAUCCAGCUCUGCAUAGAGAAUAGGUCGCAGAGGCUACAAGGGUGGAUGGCUAGAAUACAUGACCUUUAUUGUAAGGAUGCUUCCCAUCUGGGGCACAACAAGUGUAAACAAAGGCCUGUCUUCUCAGCAGUGUUCUUCAAAGUGGAGUCCAAGCACUCCCCUGAUGGUGAGGUCCUGGGCCCAUUUCAGACCUGCUGAGUAAGAACAGCCCUGUCUCCUGACAUCCUUUCUCCCUGGUAUUGAGAGCCUGCUUCAACACCCCUGCUACUCAGGUGUGGUCCUUGGCCUCAGUAUCUGCACAGAGUGGGUUAGAGAUGCACAGUCUCAGACCAUACCCAGACUUCCUCCAUCACAAUGUGUUCUAUAACAAGGUAUGUUAGGGUUUGAGAAGGCCAGUGACACACACCUGGUCGGGGCGUUUCCCGCCCUCUCUCUAACCAUACACACGCACACUCUCACAUGCACACACACAUACAUGCAUGCACACUCAUGCUGAGUUGCUUCACAAGGUGCAUGGUCAGUGCCAGUGGUCUGUGGACAGGAAGUUUGGGCUAGCUCAGAAGUUAGAGAUUCCUGGAGGAGAGGGCAGGUGUGACAUGAGCUAGAUACUGAGUUUGAAAUCAGUAAACAAGGAACCUGUAGAGAUACAUUUGGUGGGAGACUGCUCUUUGCAAAUUGAAAAUUAGUCUGACAGUGAAGGGCAGGAUAUUGCAAAUAAAAGAAGCAGGAAGACCCUCAGUAGCAGACGUGGUGGCAGAGAGCUCUAUGUGGCGGUCACCUUCAGUGCAUAGUGCUUAUUUUGUGUAUUAUUCCUUACACUCCAUGUUCUCCAUAAUAAAUAUCUGUUAUUUUUGUAACCGAGAUGAAAAAAGCAAAACUCCUGUCUAGGCUCAGGGGUAGAUGGCCUGGCACUGGAUGGGCAGUGAGUUUAGAGGAAGCGGCCACCGUGAGAAGCAUGAAGAGAGGCCACCGGAUGCCGAGGGCAACUCCUGCUUAUUCCUUAAAAUUCCGUAUCAUCAGAAAAGCCCUUACUGAGGAAAAACGUGUCUCAACAAAAACAUCAGCUGCAGACCUUGUGACAGAAACAGAUCACCUUGUGGAAGAUUUAAUUAUUUCUGAGCUGCGAACUCGGUUUCCUUCGCACAGGUUCAUUGCGGAAGAGUCUGCUGCUUCAGGCGCAAAGUGUGUGCUCACCGCCAGCCCCACCUGGAUCAUUGACCCCAUUGAUGGGACCUGUAACUUUGUGCACAGAUUUCCAACCGUGGCCGUCAGCAUCGGGUUUGCUGUGAACCAAGAGCUGGAAUUUGGAGUGAUCUACCACUGCACGGAGGAGCGGCUAUAUACAGGCAGGUGUGGCCGGGGCGCCUUCUGUAACGGCCAGCGGCUCCGGGCCUCCAAGGAAACAGAUCUCUCAAAGGCCUUAGUUUUAACAGAAAUCGGUCCCAAACGUGACCCUGCCACCCUGAAGUUGUUCCUGAGUAACAUGGAGAGGUUACUCCACGCCAAAGCUCAUGGGGUCCGUGUGAUCGGGAGCUCCACCUUGGCCCUCUGUCACCUGGCUGCGGGUGCUGCAGAUGCGUACUACCAGUUUGGCCUGCACUGCUGGGACCUGGCUGCCGCCACAGUCAUCAUUCGUGAAGCCGGUGGGAUCGUGAUGGACACGUCGGGUGGGCCUCUUGAUCUCAUGUCUUGCAGAGUGGUUGCUGCAGGCACCCAGGAAAUGGCAGUGCUCAUAGCUCAGGCCUUACAAACUAUUAACUAUGGGCGGGACGAUGAGAAAUGAAAAGGACAGACGACAGAAAGAGCAAUGCUGACACAAGGAAGAGCCAGCCUGUCUGGAACACUGAGACUCAAGAUGGAUCCCCUCCCUUUAACCGCUUGUUCUCAGUGUCAGAUGUCUGAUGCGUUCCUAACCGCCCCAGAGGGAGAUGCUGUGCUAAAGCGUGUGGCUGUCUUUUUAACCCAUGGAUUGGGUGUGUAGCUGGUUUCUCUCUGUAAUCUCACUUGGCCUUUUUCAGGCUAGUACGCGUUCUUCUGUUGGGGCCAAAACCCAACUCUUGUAUAGCAUCAUAUUUAUAAUUCAGUCUUGAUAUUUCUUUCCAGAAUGCAAAUCUCAGGUAAUAAGGCUUUGGAACUGUUAAUAAAGUGGGUUCGUUCUCAGGCCCUCCCCUGUGAUGCUUUAGAACACAAUAAAUCAAAGUCGCAGCUCUGCUGAUCUGUGUCCCUAUGAUGCGUGUGUUGCCCAUCGGCCCGCAGGUCCGUAGUUAGGCUCACUGGGAAGGUUUGCGUAUUUAACCUACAGCGACAGUGUUCCUCUUUCGUUCAUGCCUUUGAUAGGCACUAUGAAAGCUACUUCAGUAAUUAGCAUGUUAGUAUUCAAAUUCAAGGUAUGGGGCAGACUUCAGAACACCAAAUAGCUCAAAAACGUAUCUCUGAAGGCCAUCGUUUUUGUGGUCAGUUCGUGAGGAGAAAUUCUAAUCAGGAUAUUAACUGACUUGCCAGGUAUCUUUUCUGAAGUUUUGAAUUGGGAAAGUCAGUCUUAAGACAGAGGGGAAAUUCCAACCCACUUCUAAACUUUUCUGUCAUAUUCUUGACUUUAACAUCACCAACAACAAAUGUGGAAUAUUUAAAAGUGUCCCUGAUAUUUGCUGUCUGGCCUUGGUGUUCCCCCUGGGUAGCUUUGAGAACCAGGGUCACUUGCCAGCCUAGCUGUGAGCCUUGGCGCGAAGUUUAGUGCACGUGGAGACUAGCUUUUGAAACAGGUGCUUGAUAAAUGCUUAUUGAAUCUAUGAAUAUUCUCUUACCCUCUGGGCAGAUCUGACCAGCUGAGGUUGGCAGAUGUCCCAGUGGACUAGCACCCACCCCUUCCCAGUCUUCAUCUGCUUAUCUACCACGGAGGACCCUGAGCUGUCUGAGACUGCUUUGAAUUGGGCCACAUUCUGCCUGGUGUCAUUAGUGCCUUAAACUUUUCAAGGACCCUGAAAAAAAUUUCUUUCCAAGUGCCUACCUUACUCAUGUGUUACUGUUUCUGGAGCCUCUGGAGUCACAGGCAGAGAAGACGUCAUCUUCACACUCAGGAGUUUAUAGUUCAAGAGUGGAGAACACCAGGACAUCGAUAGCUGGUAUUUUAGUCAUUCUUCCAACAUAUUGGUCAUAUAUAUAUAUAUAGUGUAUGUGUGUUAUGUUCAGAUUCAUUUGGGACAAAAUAUGUAAGCAUGUAGCUAAGGUUUCCUGAAUGAGGUGAGUUUUAGCAGAGAUUUUGAAGAAUAUUAAUGACAUAGAGUAAUGUAAGUGAAAGUUAACUCGGGCUCAGGGGAGUCAGCCCUACAGAUGCCUGCUGGGGGAGCAAGCAGGACAGAGUUCAGCAAGCUUUCGAGGUUCAGACUGAUAGAGUAACUGACCAAGAGGACACUUUCAUAUUCAUAUUAAUCAAAUGAGAUAUUUAUAAAUAUAAUUCUCUAAGCUAUAUAGUUUCAUAACUUAAUUUACUGGGUUUUCUAUAGGAAAAGAUUAUGAUCACUUUUUAGAAAUUAUUUUUGGUGAGUGUCUGCAAGUCACCUCGUGGUGACAGGCUUUUCUCUGUAGGGGCUGGACUUAGUUGAGGAGACAGUCAAGAACCUGGAAGUGCAGUGUUAAAUGCAGGAGAGCUUUGGGAGCUGUAAAGGAGUAGGGUUCUUUUCUAUUGGCUUAAUAGGGAACCUGGCGAAAGGCUUAUGCCUCAACAGGCUUUAGGUACGUGAGGAGUCAGUGCCUUAUGCAAAGAUGCCAAGGGUAAAAAGGGUGUUAUAAAUAUGUCAGGGCCCAUGCUCAGAUACAGCGCUCCCACUGUCCUUGCAUCCAUCAUGUCCCUAGUAAAUAUGCUGAACGUAAUGUUUAGUAAAAGUAAGCGAAAACAUACCUGCUGUUUCAGCCCUCCAAGCUUCUAAAACAUUGUUGUGAGAGUUUAGGAAAAUUACUAGGGCUCAUGUUGACAGUUUAUAACCUGUGCUCUGUGUGGACGGCACUGGAAGAGAUCGUCUCUUGACAGUGAUAACACUUUUUUGUCAUUGUUGAGAAUACACACAGCAAAACAUACACCAAUUCAAUAGUUUCUACAUGUACAAUUCAGUGACAUGGAUUACAUUCUUCAAGUUGUGUAACCGUUUCCACUCUCCUUUUCUGAGGUGUUCUUCCCCCAUUAACAUAAACUCACUUCCCCCUAAGGUUCCUGUCUAAUCUCGAGUUGCUAUUGUCAGUUUGAUCCCAUAUGGAUAGCUAUACAAAGAGCGUAAUGCUCAAGGCAGACAUUUUUUUACUAGUUAAAGCUAAAAUAUUGUUUGAUUUUAAGAAGACUUCAGGGGGUAUUUUUGGCUUAAGGUUUAAAGAUUAUCUCAGGGCAGUAGUUCCAGGGGCUCAUCCAACUUUUCAUGGCUCCAGGAAGUCUGGGGUCCAUGAGAAUUUGAAAUUCUCUUCUACAUUUUUUUCCCUUUGAUCAGUAUUCUGCUAUGGAAUCUCUGAUCAAAAUGUUCAAUAGUGGCAGCCAGGCACCAUCCAGUUUUUCUGGUCUCAUGGCAAAGGAGGCAGUUGUUCAUAGAGGCAAUUAGCCACAUUCCAUAUCCUCCCCCUAUUCCUGACUCUCCCUCCUGUGUUGCUCCAGGUGAAUAGAGACCAAUUGUUGUGCCUUGGAUGGCCACUUUCAAGCUUUUAAGACCCCAGACACUAUGCAACCAACUUAUGCUUAUUGAGUACUGAGUUUCAGUUUAUGGUGAUAGAAAAAUCUCAUUGAUCAAGGAUUGCACAGCCAAUUAAUGUAAUUGCUGUCAAUAAGUUGUACACUUGUAGAAAAUUGAAUUGGCAAAAGUUGUGUAAUAGAUGUAUUUACAACGACAAAAAAAAAAAGAUUUGCUCAGAGGCUGCUUAUGUACAACCAAACACUUCAUGGGAUCUGGUUUCUUGGUUUAGAGAUUUAGGGCCGUGGUUUCAUAGGACAUCCCAGUUAACUGGCCUAAUAACGUGUUUAAUGCUUCUGUUCUACCUCCUAGGUUGUUGUGUGGUGAUAACACUUUUAAAAACCUUUUUUUUCCUAAAUACCUGUCUCAUGAUCUGUAGGCUGUAUGUACACCUACCCAUAGAUGGUCUUUACUGCCUUGCAUCAACCCACAUAUACCAGUGAAGAUGCCACUAAAAUGAAGUGUCAGGGAACCUUCCUCUAAACCUACAUGCAUUGGUAGGAAAAAGAGAGAAACAAAGAAAAACAAUACCAAAAUAUUAUAAUAAAAUUUAUGUCAUUUUCAACGUAAAUAAAUAUCUUAGGCAUACUUUGGGACAUUGAAAACAUUGAUGUGGAUUAUUGAGCAUAAAUGUUUAAUGCUUAAAGAUUCAGAAGAAAAUGUAUAGAAGGAUGGAAAGAGUACUGGACAGGGAUCGGGAAUUCUGGUUCUGAGUUCAUGUCUUGGUUCUCUUUUAAUUAGCUCUGUGACCUUGGGCAAAUCGUUGAAGGAACCCCAGGUCCCCAAAUGGUACCUGUAAGAGAUCUCCAGGGCUCUUUCCAGACUCAGUUACUAUCAGCCUGUGAACCAAGUAAAUAAAUGCCAUGCCUUACUGAGGACACUGGCAGGAAGAGAGAAGAGUGUGUGUGUUUUCCAGCUGUGAUAAUCAGAAAAUAAAUUGUGUUUUUAAUUAACUCUGAGUUUUUUGCAUAUCUUCCCAUAGGUUCACUUUAGAGUGAGAACUGUGCUUUAGCAUGUCCUGUUAUAGUUUUGUCCUUGAAGAAAGAGAGCAUCCUCAGUGUCAGACAGACAGCUGUUCUGGGCCCUGCCACCAUGGGACCGAGCACCCCGGGUUCCCCAUGCACCUAACUGAUGACUUCCCAGAGCACAAGUACGGUAAUCUCUGAGAAGACGGGUGCAUAUUUCUUUGCUGGAAAUAGUUUGAUAGGUCAUUUUACUGCUUUGUUAGCAUUAAUUUUGUUUAACGGGGCUUUUCAGUAAAUGCGAUUAGAUUAUUUUAAUGAGUUUAAAAUGUGUGCUGAAGUUUUACCAAAUUGUUUAUCAUCCUUUUAGGCUUAGACAUAUAAGUUUUUUUCUCUCACAGAACAUAUAUAACCCUUCUGAGUAUAUAUGCAGAUACACAAGAAGUUCCUCAAAUUCUUUGAUAUGUACUUCUGAGGGUAACACCCAUUAAUCAUAUAAUGUCUUUUACUUCCUAAAUGUUUUAUGGUGUUUUUUCAAAGAAAUAGCUCCCCCCCAGGACAAGUCUCUCAGAGUCCUAAGGAGAGCAGAGGACCGUGGAGAACAUGGCUUCAACAUGGCCUGAGCUACAGUGCCCAUAGACAUGCCUGCUCCACACGUGUUUGCGCUUACCACGUUUGUUCAUUCACUCAGUUGCUGAGAGUCAGAAGCUGACUUCGGUAAGCUUUUGGCAUGAGCAUGAUCAUUGCCCCCUCAGGCCCCAUCAGGACCGGGGAACCAGAGAGAACCUCUGGAGGAUGGAAUGUGCCUGAGACCCUGCAGCACUGAUGCCUGACCCUUGACCCCAGCCCAGAGGAAGGCUCAGCACGGAAGACCCUUCUGCAGCGCAUCUACUUUUGUGGGUUUCAAGGUCAACAAAUCUGGGCUCACCAUGUCAUUUUGACUUCCUUACAAAAUAAUGUUCACCUGCGGAAACACUGGUGGCGUAGUGGUUAAGUGCAACAGCUGCUAACCAAGAGGCUGGCAGUUCAAAUCCUCCAGGCGCUCCUUGGAAACUCUAUGGGUCAGUUCUACUCUGCCCUAUAGGGUCACUAUGAGUUGGAAUCGACUUGAUGGCAGUGGGUUUAAUCUUUGGUAGGGCACUUCCCAAAAUGCUUUACUUUUGCCCUAGUUUUUCCCUUUAUCAAAACAGUUUUACUCAAAGCAUCUUGUGGAUGAAAGCUGUCAUAAUGUUUUAGUGCCUUAAUUAUCUAACUUCAGAUGAUAUGUAAAACAUUUGUCCUGGCAUGUCACUAAAUGUCACUAUCCAAACAGACCAGGAAUCAGGAAACUUGGAUUCUGGUCCCAGUUUCACCUAUGGUAGCUGUGUGACCUUGAAAAUCACAUGACCUCUCUGUCUUCAGUAAAAUGUGUAAAUUGCCCCACUGUGGUAGUUAAGGUUGUCUGUAGACUUGGCUGAGCCAUGAUUCUCAGCAGUUUGGCAGUUACAUAAUGAUGUAGUCAUCCUCCGUGAUGUGAUCUGAUGUCAUCAGCCAGCCAGUUGUAAGGGGUGUUUCCUUGGGAGUGUGGCCUGCAUCUAAUAUAUAUAUACAUAUAGACGUUCUGGCAAAGCUUGCUUGCUUACUCUGGAUCCUGCACCUGGCUCGUCAUCUUCUGACUUCCAGUUCUUGGGACUUGAGCCAGCUGCCUGCCAUAUUGUCUGUCAGUCUUGGGUUCGUCAGCCCCUGCAGCUGAGUCAGGAGAAGCCUCCGGCCUGACACCUGACCUACAGACUUAGGACUUGCCAGCUUUUACAACCACACGAGCCAUUUCCUUGUAUACAACAUGUAUAUAUACAUAUAUACACAUAUGCAUACAUUUAUAUAUAUGCUUCACUGGUUUUGCUUCUCCAGAGAACCCUACCUAAGACACUUCCUACCUCAUAGGGAUGGUAUGAGGAUGUUGUGGGACAGCAUAUGUCAAAGUGUCAAAUGCUAUGAAAUAUUGAGUGAGAUUUUUUACAGUUAAAUAUUAUCCCAGAGUAAAAAAGAUCACAGUAUCUUUCAAAACCAGAUGGGAUUGUCUAGCUAUUGGAGAAAACUAGAAAUAUUUAGUAUGUCAAGUUGCACCACACUUAGACUGGCUCUGCCUGAUUUAUUAAACCACUUACAAUCUGUUCUGUAAUUACUCUGCAUCCAUGAAUUUGGGCAGUCUCAGAAAAUACCUUCUGUAGCUUUCCUCAAUUAUAAAGCGUGCAGCACACUUUAAUCUUUGUGCUUUUUGUGUGUGUGUGUGAAGCCAAGGUAUAGGCAGAGCAGACUGUUAAAAGCAUAAGCAAAGAACUAAAUCAGUGGCUUGAACGCAUAGAUGCUUUCCAGGAGCAUCGGGACAUUUGAACCAAUGCUUUGGGUCCACAGCAGGUGGUGGGAAACAUGGGGCUGUGGACCUGGCACACCUAUGUUUGGUGAGCUUGAGCUACCAAUGGAGCCUUUCUGGGCCUCUCUGGAAAGUUGACUAAAGUGAGCUCCUCCUAGGAUCACAAAGAGUAAAUGGACUCGUGUGUGCACUUGGUGGCAUCAAACAGAAGGGCCAGAAAGCAGGAGCCAAAACCAAGCAUCAGAGUUGAGGGCUUCUCUCCUGGCUGCUUCCGACGCCUGUCUUCCUGGGCUCCAUCAGGCUUCCCAAUUUCAGUCCCACAAAUGACUUCACCUUCCUGUGAGUGAAGACUUCGGGAUGGAGUGAAAUUAAAUCAUCUUGUAAAGGCCCCUUGUAAAGAGAUGUUAGAAGGCAAAAACCUGAACAUCCGUAUGUUUAUGUAUGGAGUCAGCCAAGUGCCUGGGCCAGAUUCACCAAAAGCAUAGGCGAGCCAUGGAGUUUCCUGUUUUUAACCUGGGCCUGUCAUCUCAAGCAUCACUGAGUCACAACACACACACACACACGCCAUUCCAGCCCUACAAAUUUUGUGAACAAAAACUGAGUGAAAGAGGGAAGGAUGACAAAGCCAAAGAUGAGGACCUAGUGUAUAAAAAGAGAAGGAUUGUUACAAGAGAUCCAAAAUCAGGAGGAGUUCCAAAGUCAGGAAGGCAGGGUUUAAACUCCCACAGAGUCCAUGGAAGCCAGUGAGAGGCAGGGUCCCCAGCACUAAGCUGACUAGAGAGGCCCCAAGAAUCUCAAGUUCAGAGGAAGAGGAUGGGGGAGGAGGUCAAAAUGUGGAUGACAAGAGGGAAAUGACUCUGGCCACUGAGGGUGGCAAGAUUUGUAGGUGUGACUCAGAGUAUACGUACAUGUUCACAUGCAGGAGGCAAACAACUUCCUAGAAUGUGUCAUUUUACUUAGGCCUCUUGGAAUGCAGAGAUUUCUGCUUGUGACUUCAUAUAUUCCCAUCUUAACAUAAAUAUUUAUAAAAAGACAGUCCUUGUCCUCAAGAAAUCCACCAGAGCCUGAAGGUCCCCAGCACCCCGUGGGUGCCUGGCUCAUGGUAGUUUCACUGGAGACAAGCUGAGGCUUCUCAAGAGCCAGGAGGCCCCGACGAGAAGUGGGUCAAUGACAAGGAAGUGCUGAAGUGCUGGGCUUCCUGGAGGCGGUGGUAACGAAUCUGAGCUUUGAAUGGUGAGUAGGGGUUAGGUAACGAAUCAGGUGGAGUCAGGGAGGACUGCGUGGCUGGGUGGGGUGGGGAGGGUAGUGUUAUUGUGGUGGAGGAGAUGAUCAAGGACACUGGGGGCCUUGUGCACUAAGCAAAACAGUCAAAAUUCAUCCUGAAAACAUUUGAAAAAUACUUUUGUCUCACUAGUAUGUGUCAACAUCUGAUGGUGAGCUGGUUACGUAAAAUUUUAAGUGAGAAGCAAGGGAGCUCUCAGGUGCAAUGUGAUUCCAUGAGACAAUUAGUCUCAUCGCUCAUCAUUCAUAGUAGGGCUGCCCUCUCUUGGAUUGAAUGACCUGAUACAUCUAUCCAUAAACUAAGUUUGGAGCUUUAGCAGUGUCUCCUGGGGGCCUCCUGAACUGAACAAUGGAUCUCAGAGGUUGGGGGGCCCCUUAGGAAUCACCUGGUCCAACUUUCUUCACGAGGUGAAUGACCUGACCCCCAACCUCCAGUCCCAACAGUGGUACCAGCUCAAGCCGUCACCAGCCUUUUGGUAGAUUACGAAUGUGCCUGACAUUCUUAGCACUAGAAAAUGAAAACAUUGAUAAUUACUUCAGUCAACCUUCUAGGGAGGAAGAAGACCAUGAAUUGCUCAGGUCAAAUGGGUGUGAAAUCUCACAACCACCUCUUGGGAACACUGUCCGUGGAUUAGGAACUUUGCCCAACUCAGCAGAGGGCGUACCCUCCUCCCACCUCCCUCAGGAUGGCCUCAUUGCUCACAAUAGCAUCAGCCAAGGGCACAACCAAUGCCAGCACCAGGUUCACCAAAACCACCUUGAAAAGGUUCAAGAUGAUGAAAAGCUCUUUUGUUCUUGUGUCCUCCCUGCCACUGUUUUGGGUUGAUGCCUCCGAUUGCUGCGUACCUUGUGUUUCCUGGUCAUGAAGCUUUGGUUCUCCACAUCUCAGCACAGAAUGUCAGUGAGGGUGCCCAAUCCUCCGCCCUUGAAAUGGUGGUAGCUUCUCAUUCUUCCCACACUUUGAUUUGGGGGACUAGUAAUAUUUUUUAUAAGUACGUUCAACUUUUUCUAUCCCCAUACACACCUCUAUCUUUAGAGGUAACUCGUGUCUACAGCACCUGUGUCUCUGGGUGCUGCAUCAUGAGCUGGUCUACUUGUUGGUUUUCCCCUUCAGAUGCUUAAUUCCCUCUGGACUGCUAAGGCAGCUUCCAUUGUCCAUCUGCUUUCCAGUUUCCACAGUAGGGUUGUAUUUCUUGUCAGCUGCCAUAUCUUUUGAGAUAUAAAAGAGAGACAAGGAACACAGGAAGCUGAGCUAUCUCAGUCUCAAAAGGUAUGGUCAUGACUUCUGGGGUUUCAAAGGGUGGAGCCAUGGCCUCUGGUGUUUCUAAAGGUGGAGUCAACACUCAGAUGGACUAGGAGAAUGGUGCACCUACAGCCAAGGGAAAAGAGUUGCUGUCCCAGUGGCUCUGGAAGGUGAAGUUGAAGCCCAGGGCCAAGGGCCCUCCACUCGGAAUCUGAAGUGUGGCCAAUACCUAGAGUCUGGAGGGCAGGGCCAUUGUGUAAAUUGUCUCAGAGAACAGAGAAUUAUUUUCAAAGCUUUGAUGGCUAAUGUGUUCUGCUGACUUGCUUGGUGCCUGUUAUCCCUUCUUUCCUUUCAGUUUCCCCUGUUUGUAAUGGAAAUGCCUAGCUUGUGCCUGUUCUGCCACUGUACCUUUGGAAGCAGAUACCUUGUAUUCUACAUUUCACAGGUGAAGAGGAAUUUUUGGAUCUGGACUUGGAGUUAAGACUUUUGCUACGAUAUGAUAGGAUGAAUAUGUUUUGCAUGUUGCAAGGAUGUGAUUUUGGGGGUGCCAAAGGGUGGAAUGUUGUGGAUUGAAUUGUGUCCCACAAAAAUGUGUAUCAAUUUGGCUGGGCCAUGUUUCCCGGUAUUGUGUGAUUGUCCACCAUUUUGCUAUCUGACGUGAUCUUCCUAUGUGUCGUAGAUCUUGUCUCUGUGAUGUUAAUGAAGGGGGACGGGCAGCAGUUGUGUUGAUGAGGCAGGAUUCAAUCUACGGGAUUGGAUUGUGUCUUGAGCCAGUUUCUUUUGGGAUAUAAAAGAGAGAAUUGAGCAGAGAGACAGGGGGACCUCAUACCACCAAGAAAUUGGUGCCAGAAGCAGAGCGUAUCUUUUGGACCUGGGAUUCCUUCACACAGAAGCUCCUGGUCCAGAGGAAGAUUGAUGACAAGGACCUUCCUCCAAAGUCAACACAGAGAGAAAACCUUCCCCUGGAGCUCAUGCCCUGAAUUUGGACUUUUAGCCUUCUUUACUGUGAGGGAGCAAAAUUCUCUUUGUUAAAGCCAUCCACUUGUGGUAUUGCUGUUAUCGCAGCACUAGAUAGCUAAGACAUUUGCUUGCUCCCAUACAUGAGUGAACUUGAUCAUUCAUGGGCUUUCAAAUAAGGUAGGCAUGUUCCAGUCUGCUACACAUAGUUUCUUUCUAAUCUUUACAAUAACCAUGUACAUUAAGAAUUAUUUUUCCUGCAUGCCACUUUGAAGAGUGGCGUCUUCAGUCUUAAACACUAGCAAGCGGCCAUCUAAGAUGCUUCAAUGAGUCUCAACCCACCUGGAUCAAAGGAGAAUGAAGAACACCAAGGGCACAAGGUAAUUACGAGCCCAAGGGACAGAAAGGGCUACAUGAACCAGAGACUACAUCAUCCUGAGACCAGAAGAACUAGAUGGUGCCCAGCCACAACUGAUGACUGCCCUGACAGGGAACACAACAGAGAACCUCUGAGGGAGCAGGAGAACAGUGGGAUGCAGACCCCAAAUUCUUGUAAAAAGACCAGACUUAAUGGUCUGAGACUAAAAAGACCCUGACGGUCAGGGUCCCCAAACCCUUUGUUGGCCCAGGACAGGAACCAUUCCCAAAGCCAACUCUUGAGACAUGGGUUGGACUGGACAAUGGGUUGGAAAAGGAUGCUGAUGAGGAGUGAGCUUCUUGCACCAGGUGGACACUUGAGAUUAUGUUGGCAUCUCCUGCCUGGAGGGGAGAUGGGAGGGUACAGGGGGUUAGAAGCUGGCAAAAUGGUCACGAAAAAAGAGACUGGAAGGAGGGAGCAGUCUCUCUCAUUGGGGGGAGAGUAAUUGGGAGUAUGUAAAAAAAAGUAAGGUGUAUAUAAGUUUUUGUGUGAGAGACUGACUUGAUUUGUAAACUUUUACUUAAAACACAAUAAAAAUUAUUUUUUAAAAAAAAGGUUUUUCCACUAGUUAGAACUACCGCACGAUCCAGCAGUCCCACUCCUUGGAAUAUAUCCUAGAGAAAUAAGAACCUUUACACGAACAGAUAUAUGCACACCCAUGUUCAUUGCAGCACUGUUUACAAUAGCAAAAAGAUGGAAGCAACCAAGGAUUCAUCAACGGAUGAAUGGAUAAAUUAUGGUGUAUUCAUACAAUGGAAUACUAUGCAUCAAUAAAGAACAGUGAUGAUUCUGUGAAGCUUUUCAUAACAUGGAGGAACCUGGAAGGCAUUAUGCUGAGUGAAAUUAGUCAGUUGCAAGAGGACAAAUAUUGUAUAAGACCACUAUUAUAAGAACUCAAGAAAUAGUUUAAACAGAGAAGAAAAUAUUCUUUGAUGGUUACGAGAGG